UUUAUAGACAGAGAUUUACAGUAUCCUUAUUACAGCGACAGCCCAUCUGCUGCAAGCGGAAACACACGAUUAUUAUUCAAAUGUAUUUUAAUUAAAAAAACAAGCAGUGUUAUAAGAAUAGACAUGUAAUUAGAGUUGUGGUAACGCAGGGGGUUGUGCACAUACGCUGCUGGUUAACAGUGACCAGGGUUCGAGCCCGCUUCAGGUCAUGUCCCGAUCCCAUGCUCCCUAUUCUGUCUACAUUAUGCUUUUCUAUAAGAAUAAAAAGGCAAAAAGAAAAUGCAUCUAUUUCUUUCCUUCUUUUGACCUAUGUACGCAUAAAAGGGUUAAUGCAUUUUUGGUUUCUACGCUUAGCACUGUUCAAAGCAUAUGACUAACAACCAGUACAGUAUUAUGACAUUUUUCAAAUGAAACGUGACUCAUCAGCUUUUGUUAACACACAAGCUAAUGCUAAUGAGCGAACCAACAAAGAAGUCUGUAUUUUAGUUUGGAGCCAAUUCUGUUACUUGGUUCCCAAACUGUAAAAAUGUUAAACUACUGUACACCUUAUGCUUGUGACAACUCCUAAUAGUUCAAAUUAGGACGGUUGUGCAAAAGAUGUGAUCUGCGAUAUUUUUUGUUGUAUUGGAAUAAUUUGCAUUACGUGUGUGUGUGUGUGUGUGUGAUGCAUGUUUGUGUUUCACUUUAAGUCGGUUUGGCAUCAAUUCUAGUAAUUAGAAGAUCGAACAUCGUCAUCUCAGUACAGUAUUUUCCACACAAGCCGUCACCACUGCGUCUGAGCUGAGGAGGAGUGAUUGUAUCAGCAAUUUGUUUUUGUCUGCGCUCGAUACGGUACUCUUUGUUUUAUCGAUAGGGAAAACAAACAAAAGGUUGGGGUUGAAUACUUUCAGACGUCGAUGGCUUACAGUCAUUUGCGAUAUUUGCGUCUGAGAUGUUCUGCGUUUCGUUUUACCGUUCUCAUGUAAUAUUGUCAAGACUGUCAACGUAUAAAAACGUUUUAUUUCUGUGGAAUUGCGUGGAAUUACAAUUCUGCCUAGAGUUCUUUUGUUAAUCCUGCGAUCUUCUGCGUCGUAACGAAGCAUUUCACUAGACACCACAACACAAUGCUACUACAGUAGAUGCAUAUCUAAACCAACCUACUGUAUGGCUUUGAUACUGUUGUUGUUGAUCAAACAAACUUGAACUCUUACGAGCCUCAGCGUACCGGCAUUAGUCACAGUUUCACAUUCUGAGGAGGUCUGUGGCUUCAUCUCAAGGCUCCACAGCAGAAUUUCAGAGCUGACGCAAAAUGCGAAAGGCCCUCGGCUUUUGACGUGGCCAGACGCGGCUGCACCUCCGCUCUCGGCUCUUCUCAGACAAUGACAUUCUAGUUUAUGGUUGGAUGUGUUCUUCGAUAGAAAUGAUUAAAGGUGGCCAGACUUUCAUUUUGUGAAUUACAUGUCUGAUGGCUGAAAGUAGGUUAGAGGUGUUGAGACAUUGGUGAGUUCAGAAAUACCCUCUCUGUUCAUGCGAAUGUGUGUCUGAAAUUCAGUGGAAUGACCUAUAUUACAUGUGCGUAUUUAGCUUCUUUCAAGCUCAUUUGAAAGAUACUCAUGCCUUUUUCACCUUUGAAAGAGUUAGUAACAAAAAUACUAUGAUAAAGGUUAAGACUACAGUAUGUGAUCCCCUUCUUUAUGACAAUCUAGAGGCUGAAAUGAGAUUUCUCAAACCCGAUCACGCCACUCCAUCCCCACCAUUCCAUUUGUCUUUUCCCAUCUGAGCGAAGAUGAUCCGCAUCCGUAACCCUCACCACGUGCCUUUUCUCCAUCAGACGGAGCAGCUCCGCGAGGCGGGGACCCUCUGCGACACGCUUCUCACCGUGGAGGGCCGUUCGUUCAAAGCUCACGCUCUGAUUCUGGCUUUGGCCAGCAAAAGACUUCAGCGUCUGUUAACAAAGCAUCACGGUUCAACGCCGGGGUACCGCUGCGCUAUAGAAAGCAUCUCUCCCCACACCUUCAAGCAGAUCCUGGACUACGUGUACAGCGAAUCGGUGGAGGUGCCCAAAGGUGAUCUGCACGAGCUUCUGAAGGGCGCUCAGUACCUGGAGGUGGAAUCUUUGGUUGAGCAGUGUCAAGCACAGCUUAGGAGACAAGAGUCUCCUAUCGAACAGAAACAACGUUCACCCCGAGAUGACAAACCGUACGAAGACAGUCAGUUGUCAAAAAAAAGGCAUUCGUGGGACGAAGACCACCUUGAAGAAGAAAGUUCAAAUAAAGAACACGAGAGCCCGAAGAAAAGUUGUUCUGUGUCUCCUCAGAUUCUCGCAUCCUCCAGAGAGACCGCCGUCGCCACCACAGCUCCGUCUCCCUCCCCGCGUCUGUGCUGGCCUUCGGUUAGCCCGUCUCGAAGCAUGGUGUUCAACUGCAGAGAAUUCAUGACCUUCCACUCUCUCCGCACCUCCCAGCACAUGUUGACGUAUCCGUACCCCACCCCAGUCUACCCCAUUCUCCAUCGCUCGCUUCACCCCCCGGUCCCUUCUUCAGUCAUGGGUUACACGGGGCUGCUUCACCCCUAUCACAAUCUCAUCCACUCUCCUCAGCUGUCUCAAGACAGCCCGUUUAUUCAGGGCCUGCGGGGAAAGAGCGCCUCUUUUAAUGCCGUUCUAACAGGAUCCAUGCCUGAGGAUCAGGAGAGGAAGCCGAAGGUACAAGAGGAGAGGGAGAUAUGCUGCAGAUACUGCGGUAAGACGGCCCUGGAAAACCCCUGGAGGUCGAUGAGUGGUUCGACAGCCUCAGCAGGUUCAGGUGAGCCGACUUUCCGAUGUAAGUUUUGCAGUCGAGGAGGACGGGAUAAGCGAUCUCUGCGGCCGCUCAAGGGUCUCGGAGGAGAGAAGCCAUAUCUGUGUAAACAGUGUAGCAAACGGUUCAGUCUGAAGCACCAGCUCGACACACAUCACAGGGUACACACAGGUGAGAAGCCAUUCGAGUGUCGGCUAUGUGGCCAGCGUUCACGCGACUACUCUGCUAUGAUAAAACAUCUGCGAACGCAUGGUGGUGCCACGCCAUACCAGUGCACCAUGUGCCUGGAGUUCUGUAGCAGCCUGGCAGCCAUGCAGAAACAUCUGAAGAACCAUCCCACCCAGGAUUUCCCUCCAGACUGGAAUCUGAACAGCACAUAUCUAUAUAACUGUCACACCUGAGCAUCUUUACAAUGUUAGAUGUUGAUUUUUUUAAUGCAACUUUGAUAUUAUGAAUAUAUUUGUUGGUAAAACAAACAGAGCCCUUAGACAAACAUCUUAUAAUACAUGCCUGUGGACACCAUGGGUUACCUGCUCGUUGAAAUAUUGCAAUAGCAAAAACAAAUUGAUGUUAAUUUAUUGAGCUGAUGAAACGUGUGCCAUUUAUCUGAGCACUCACUAUGUCUGUAAUUUUUAUAGCGUACACAAUGUUUUAAUAAAAGCAUUAUAUUAUU